AUGUCUGGAUACGAUCAAUAUAAUCAGGGCUACGGCCAGCAGCAGCAAUACCCGCCACAAGGCCACAGCCCAUACCCUCAACAGGGUGGGUACGACCAGGGCGGCUAUCAGCAGCAAGGUUACCAGCAACCUCAGCAGCAGUAUGGCCAGCAGGGAUACGGGGACCAACAAGGCCACAACUCACAAUACGGUCCCCCUGCGCAAGGUGGCUUCCAGCACGGCCAGCAAGUAGGCCAAUAUGGCGACUACAAUCAGCAGCAGCAGCAAGGGCAAUACGGCCAACCCCAGCAGGGAGGCUACCCCGGCUCUCAACCACAGAACCAGUUCCCUCAGCAGGGUUCUUACGGUCAGGACCAAUACCCACAUGCCCAGAACGCCUACAGCCAGCCUGGACAGCCGCAGCAGUACGGUUCUAGCGACCCAGCUAUGCAGCAAGAGGGUGACCGAGGUCUUUUGGGCGCUAUGGGUGGUGGUGCUGCCGGAUACUUUGGCGGCAACAAGAUGGGUGGCCACGGCAUUCUGGGUGCCAUAGCAGGUGCCGUGCUCGGCAGCAAGCUCGAAGACCACAACAAGAAGCCUAAGCACAACCAGCAUGGCGGCUACAACGGGCACUAA